GGAGAGGAAUUAGCAGCGGAAACUCCAGGUUCGGUUCAAGAAAGAUGACACAGAGCCUGUCGGGCCCGCGCACUCUUGGCAAAGUUUCAGUGCAACGAGAGGCGCCGGGCGCUCCAUGGCCGCGCCGUAACAGGGACCCAGCCGCCUCCCCGCCCAGCCCAGCCCAGCCCUUCCGCCCGCCCAGGAUGGAGGCGCCCGCCAGCGCGCAGACCCCGCACCCGCACGAGCCCAUCAGCUUCGGCAUCGACCAGAUCCUCAACAGCCCGGACCAGGACAGCGCACCAGCCCCGCGGGGCCCCGACGGCGCCAGCUACCUGGGAGGGCCCCCCGGGGGCCGUCCGGGCGCCACGUACCCGUCUCUACCCGCCUCCUUUGCCGGCCUCGGCGCGCCCUUCGAGGACCCGGGAUCUUACAGUGUCAACCUGAGCCUGGCGCCCGCCGGCGUGAUCCGAGUGCCAGCGCACAGGCCGCUGCCCGGGGCCGUGCCACCGCCUCUGCCUAGCGCGCUGCCCGCCAUGCCCUCCGUGCCCACGGUCUCCAGCCUGGGCGGCCUCAAUUUCCCCUGGAUGGAGAGCAGCCGCCGCUUCGUGAAAGACCGCUUCACAGCGGCGGCGGCGCUCACGCCCUUCACCGUGACCCGGCGCAUCGGCCACCCCUACCAGAACAGGACGCCGCCCAAGCGUAAGAAGCCGCGCACGUCCUUUUCUCGGGUGCAGAUCUGCGAGCUGGAAAAGCGUUUCCAUCGCCAGAAGUACCUGGCCUCAGCCGAGAGGGCGGCGCUAGCCAAGUCCCUCAAAAUGACGGACGCGCAGGUCAAGACCUGGUUUCAAAACCGGAGGACCAAGUGGCGGCGGCAGACGGCGGAGGAGCGGGAGGCGGAGCGGCAGCAGGCGAGCCGGCUCAUGCUGCAGCUGCAACACGACGCCUUCCAAAAGAGCCUCAACGAUUCCAUCCAGCCCGACCCUCUCUGUCUGCACAACUCGUCGCUCUUUGCUCUGCAGAAUCUGCAGCCCUGGGAGGAGGACAGCUCCAAGGUCCCCGCCGUCACCUCUCUGGUGUGAGCCACCAGCGCGCACAGUCUUCAAGCAUCGCCGCCCUUACCCGGCUGGGUGCCCCGGGCCCCCAGCCGGGCUGGGGUGGGGGGGGCCCGAGGCCGAGAGGUACAGGGGCCUCCGAGCUCGACUAGGCCUCGGGGCGCGGCCGCAUCUCCGCGGGCCGCGGAGGGGGCUGGGCCCGGGCUCCGCGCGGCUGCACAAUCCGAGCCCCCGCCCCGCGCCCAGUCCCGCCCCAGGCCCGGGCCUGACAAAGAAAGCGCCUUACGUUUCUCCGCCCCUCGCCCGCACCCCCCGGGCCGGGCGCCUGUAUUAUACUUUGUACUUUUGCCCAAACGUGUAAAUAAUAAAAGUUUUGGCUUUUUUCUUUAGAAACCGGCCACCUGCUUCCCCCGCGGGGGCCGCUGGAGGAGGGGCGGCCGACCAGGUGGCUGGGGGGAGCGCCAGGGCUGGGGCACCCUGCGUUUAGGCUGGGUCCACUCCUCUCCUUUUCCGUUCCUUUUAUUUAAGUCGUUUUAUUUAAUAAAAAAGUUAGCUAUUUCACUUAACGCCGCUUUUAUUUCGUUUUCGUUCCAAUAAUGCUCGGCGAACCCGACCCUGCGCCCCACCCCAUCUGCGGCAGAGGCCGAGCCGCGGUGUGCGGGGGCGCGUCCAUCUCUCCAAGCUUCGUCGGUUUUCAGCUCAGCUCCAACUGCGGCCCGGGGCCCCGGGGAGGAUCCGCGGUGCAGAUGACACAACUAAGUCUCGGUCACUUUAAAGUGGAUUUGUCCAAGGUCACAUAGCUGUCCGACUACAGCCAUUCUCUGUUUACUGGCCGGGGAUGCUCCACUCUGUUUCAAAAGUUGAGGUCUUCAACCAAAGUUGGAUUGCUCUACGGAGAUGGGGCCACCAUGGCUACGGGAGGUGGAGUUCUCAGAUGAAAUAUGAGCAGCUGUGUGACUUUUCCCACAAGGAGGCCAGGCAAACUCGCUAUUUCCUGACUCUCUCCGAGGGAGGAGAUGUCAGUGAUAUUGUGAGCAGACAGUGAUGAAGCAUCGGGAGAAAGAGCUGCUUUAGAUGAUGACCCCAGGCCCUUUAUACCCUCACGUUCAAAAGCACGGCAGGGAGCAUCUUAUGUUACUCACUGUAAUCUAAGACUUAAAGACCAGGUAAGGUGGAUUGUUUUGUUUUGUUUUGUUUUUCAAAUUCUUCAGGUAACAAGCAAAAGACCUUGAGCGUGGAGUUACUAAAUCUGAAGGUCAAGGUCUGGGCUGACAUCUUGGAUUUGUUUCUUCCACAUACGCCAGGUUUGGCCAACCUCACCACACACUGUACCAGACAAGCUUCUCCUGGGCUCCAUAAUGCUCAGCACACUGGGCACUUAGUAGGUGGAUCAGUGAGUCCUGGCGACUGUCCUACCCACAGCUUGAGCAGCUCGGCUUGAGCUGAGUGGCAGCCAGCAACCCCUCCCUUUCGGGCUGUGCUUGGUAAGCAGAGGUCAGAGUCUGAGGCUUCUCUGCAGGAAGGGCACCACGAAGAGAAAGUU